AUGGGAGGAGCUGCACUCGGCGCAGACACUACACACUGCCAACGGGGCACUGCUCGCGAGAAGGGGGGGUGGCCUGCUGCUGCUGCUGCUGCUGCUGCUGCUGCGGCUGCUGCUGCUGCUGCUGCUCAUGUUGUGGCUGCUGUUUCUUGCGUUUCCGACUGCUCUGCCCCCCCCAAUGACUUCUUUUGCUACUUGCGUUCGAAGAAAUACCCCUUGAGAGCCAGGACAGAACAUGCGGAGGCAGCAGGGCCCUCAGGCUGUCUGACAGCCAAGGGAGCUGAUUCUCCUGGAGCUGUUGCUGCUGCUGCUCUUGCCACUGCAGCAGCUGUUGCUGCUGGCCUGUGUCUUUGCUGCGGCGCUGCAGCUGGUGCAAUAACGUGGGAAGGUGCGGGAGUCUCAAGGGGCUGCUACCCUUGGGAAUUGUGGAGUAGUGACACCCGCAAAGAAAGCGGCUUUCAAAAAUGCUAUCGUGAUGCACACGCCUGCUCUUCGAGACCACACAGCAGCAGCCGCAACACACAAAGCAACGGUUGUGGGGCCAUCAAGGCGCCUAAUGCCGUCCAGCAAGCAGCUGCAGCUAUGUUAUGGCAUCCCUCAAUGGCGACGCUAGGGAACAGCUCAGCAGCAGCUGCUGUUGUUCCUGCUGCCCAGUCACACGCUGAGGCGGCAGCAGUUUCUCCUGGCACCUGCGAGUAA